AUGAACACGUUUAUUUUGUUGAAUUGUAUUAAAUUAGAUAUUGUUUUUUCAACUGAUCAAUCAGUAUUAGACUAUCAAAAAUUACCAGAAAAUGAAGUUGAAGAGUACUUUGAUGACACUGAUUUAAAUAUUUCUGCUGAUCUUAAUUUGUUUGAUUCUCAAAUAGAAUCCUUUGAAAAUGAAAUAUCUGAUAUAAAUAUCCUUGAAACUGAAAUAUUAUUAAUUCCUUCAAACCAAAUAACAGAAUUACAAGAAACCUUUAUUUCUUUACACGCUAAAAACCUUUUAAAAAAAUCAUAUUUAAUGAUAAUUUUAUUAAGUUAA